UUUUCAUUUCUGGGUGCAAGAGGCACUCGAAAUUUGCAUAUUUGUCGCCUUGCUCCAGUCUCAGUAUCCUAAACCACCAUCAAUGGCUGAAACUCAAACCCCAAAACCCUAGUUUCCCCGAAGUUUCAAGCAGUUUUCUGCAAUUUCAUGGCGUCCGAAGCAAGUGGCCUUGAAAGAUCCCAUCUUUGAAGGCAGAUCUACUCAGUUGUUUGCAGUUGAGGAUUCCUUUCUGUGACAAUGGGAAAUUCGUCAGAUGACAGUUUGGAAGAGGACAUAAGUGAAUCUGAAAUAGAAGAGUAUGAAGAUAAAUCCUACGAGGAAUUGAAGAAUGGAAAUCACCAUGUUAAAACCUCUGGUGAAAGUUUUUCUUGCCCUUAUUGCUCGAAGAAGAAAAAGCGAGAUUAUUUAUAUAAGGAACUCCUCCAGCAUGCGAUUGGAGUGGGAAAGUCUAGUUCUGAAAAGAGAAGCAUGAAAGAUAAGGCAAAUCAUCUGGCAUUGGCAAAAUACUUGGAGAAGGAUAUUAUGGAUGUAGAUGGCCCAUCAGGUGGCCCAUCAAAACCUAAGUCUGAGGCUCCUUUGGGUUGUGAUCAUGAUGAAAUGUUCGUGUGGCCUUGGACAGGAGUCGUGGUUAACAUUCCAACUGAGUUGAGGGAUGGGCGAUAUAUAGGAGGAAGUGGUUCCAAGCUGAGAGAUGAAUUAACAGCUAGAGGGUUCAACCCCAUAAGAGUUCAUCCACUAUGGAACUAUCGAGGUCAUUCUGGAUGUGCUGCUGUGGAAUUCAAUAAAGAUUGGCCUGGGUUACAUAAUGCAAUGUCCUUUGAGAAGGAAUAUGAGGCAGAUCAUCAUGGGAAGAAGGAUUGGAUUGCAAGUAAUGGUCGAGGAUCUGGUCUUUAUGCUUGGGUUGCCCGUGCUGAUGAUUACAAAGCAGCAAGUAUCAUUGGAGAACACCUUCGCAAGAUUGGAGAUCUUAAGACCAUUUCUGAUAUCAUGGCUGAAGAAGCUCGGAAACAAAGUAAGCUUGUAUCUAACCUGACAAAUGUGAUUGAAGUCAAGAACAAGCACUUAGAAGAGAUGAAGCGUAUAGUCAGUGAAGCUUCGGUCUCCCUUAAUAAUUUAAUUGAGGAGAAAGAUAAGCUCCAUCAAGCUUAUAACGAAGAGAUAAGAAAGAUACAGACGAGUGCAAGGGAUCAUUUCCAGAAAAUUUUUAAUGAUCAUGAAAAGCUUAAGUUACAACUGGAAUCUCAUAAGAGAGAGCUAGAUUUGCGUGGGAGAGAGUUGGAAAAACGCGAGGCUCAUAAUGAAAAUGAAAGGAAAAAGCUCUGUGAAGAGAUUGAAAAGAAUGUUAUGAAAAAUAGUUCUCUUCAAUUGGCAGCCGUGGAACAACAGAAAGCUGACGAAAAAGUAUAUAAACUAGCAGAAGAUCAGAAGAAGCAAAAGGAGAAUCUUCAUAGAAGAAUUAUUCAACUAGAAAAACAGCUGGAUGCAAAACAAGCAUUGGAGUUGGAAAUUGAGCGACUAAGGGGGACAUUAAAUGUCAUGAAACACAUGGGUGAUGAUGGUGAUAUGGAAAUUCUGAAAAAGAUGGACUCAAUGCUUAAAGUUUUGAGAGAAAAGGAAGGAGAACUUGAAGAUUUAGAAGCAUUGAACCAGACUCUAAUAGUGAAGGAACGUAAAAGCAAUGAUGAGCUGCAGGAAGCUCGUAAAGAAUUAAUAAGUGGCUUGAAAGAAAUGUCAGGUCGUGCUCACAUCGGUGUUAAGAGAAUGGGAGAGCUUGAUAAUAAACCAUUCCAUGAAGCAUGCAAGAGAAAAUAUGGUGUGGCUGAACCAGAGGAGAGAGCUUUGGAGCUGUGCUCCUUGUGGGAGGAAUACCUUAGAGAUUCUGAAUGGCAUCCUUUUAAAGUUGUUGAGAUUGAAGGGAAACAUCAGGGGGUGAUAGAUGAUAAUGAUGAAAAGUUGAGAAGCGUAAGAGAUGAGUUGGGUGAUGAAGUGUACACGGCUGUGAGAACAGCUUUGAUAGAAAUAAAUGAAUACAAUCCUAGUGGGAGGUAUAUAAUCUCAGAGUUGUGGAACUAUGGAGAAGGAAGGAAGGCCACAUUGCAAGAGGGAGUUGCAUUUAUACUGAGGAAGUGGAAAACUUACAGAGACAAGAGAGGGAUAUAUUUGUAUCUCACUGGGUUGGCAAAAGCCCCUGUUUUUGGUUCCGGUUCGGGCCAAAAUGGGCAUGAAUUUGAGGCUUGCCAGGGUCUGUUCUUGUAUCAUCCUCUUCAUUGUGGUUUGCUGCGUCUUGAAUCCACUGAAGGAGGGGCUCUGCAAACUCUGAAGCCAUUUUUGAACGAGGGCCAUGGAGAUGGAGGAUAUGACACUGAAAUUCGCUUUUGCAAAGCUGGCUCCCAGGAUGAUGGGGCCCUUGUACUAUUUUCAGUCUUCCCCCUGACACAUGGCAUGCUCUACUUGUGCCAUUUGAGUCUCGGCGGUUCCUUUCCUGAUAUGCACCCACCAUCAUUUUCUCUAUCGAAUUCUUUGAAAUCUGCAAGAAGUCAAGCAGAAAUGAGUUCAAACAACUCACAUUGCGGUGAGCCGGGCAGAUACCUCAAUGAACCCACGAGGAAAUGCAUCCACAAAGAGGAGCUAAAGAAGCAACAUGAACUUGUUAUGUUCUUUUCAAAGGAGAUAGAUUACAAAAAUCAAAGGUUGUUGGAAAUGGAGCACAAGUAUAAUAAAACUGCUGCAACUCUUCAGAGACUUUUUGUGAAUCUCUCUGAAGACAUCAAUUCCAGAAACCAAAGGCUGCUAGAAAUGGAGCAUCUAUAUGAUCAGGCCUCUGCAAAUGUCAAAAGUGUGGUGGAGGAGAAACGUUUGCUGCAUGAUGCAUACACUGAAGAAAUGGAGAAGUUGCAGUUAGAAAAUGCAAAGCUUAAGCAUGAGAUGGAACAUCAAAACAGAGUGUUCCAGCAACGGGCAGAAGAGUUGGACCAAGAGUGGAGAACUUUUAUGGCUGAGAAAAAAAAGUUGACAGAUCAAAACCCAAUGAUGAGUGAAUUGAAGGAUCAGUGCAUUGCUCUUAAGAAAGAAUUGGAGGAAAAGACAGAUGACCUACAACACAUGCAAAGCAUUAAUGAGGCUUUGAUAGUUAAAGAGCAGAUGAGUAACCGGGAAUUGCAAAAUGCCCGUAAAGAAUUGAUAAGUGGUUUGUACGAUAUGCAAAAUAGCAGAUCGUUGCUCGGAGUUAAAAAAAUGGGGGAGGUUGAUAUGAAACCUUUUCACGAUGCAUGCUCAAAGAAGUUCCCCAACAGAGAUUUGCCCAUUAUAUAUACUACAAUGUGCUCAACAUGGCAGCAUAGAGUAAAGGAUUCUUCCUGGCAUCCGUUUAAGAUCAUCAAUGGAAGUCUACAGAUCGAUGAAGAUGAUGGUGAGCUGAAAGAGUUGAGAAACGAUUUAGGUGAAGCAGCAUACAAGGCGGUUACCAAAGCACUGUUGGAAUUGGAAGAGUACAAUCCAAGUGGGAGAUAUGAAGUUCCUGAACUUUGGAACUACAAGGAGGGAAAGAAAGCUAGUUUGGUAGAGACCAUUGAGUACGUAAUCAAGCAAUGGAAGACUCAAAAGGGUAAAAGAAAGCGUUAACUUCAGCAUCUCCGAUUGGUUACAUUUAUAUGUUUUCAGACUAAAAUGAUGCAUGGAUAACAAUGAUGAAGAGAGCUACACAGAGACUUGGGUUCUUUUGAUGAUGGU